CUCGCUUCACAUUUUCAUCUCCGGUGCCGUAGAGAGAUAUAUAUAUAUAUAUAUAGAGAGAGAGAGAGAGAGAGGGAGAGAUAUGGGUGCCGGUGAUCUGGAGUCUAUAUCGGAGGCGACAUCCGGAGCCAUUGGAGCUAUAGUCAGCACCACCAUCUUGUAUCCGCUCGAUACCUGUAAAACCAAGUACCAAGCCGAGCUUCAAGCCCAUGGUCACCGCAAAUACAGGAAUAUAACAGAUGUUCUUUUGGAGGCAUUAUCUACUGGUCGGGUUCUUUCGUUGUACCAAGGUCUUGGAACAAAGAAUCUGCAUUCUUUCAUUGGCCAGUUUGUUUAUUUCUAUGGGUAUAGUUACUUUAAGAGACUAUAUUUGGAUAGAAGUGGUGCCAGAUCCAUUGGAACAAAAGCCAACCUGGUUAUUGCUGCUGCAGCUGGGGCUUGUACUGCCAUUGUGACUCAACCACUGGAUACAGCUUCGUUGAGGAUGCAGACUAGUGCAUUUGGAAAAUCUAAAAGCCUUUGGAAAACGCUUACAGAAGGCAGCUUGAGCGAAGCAUUUGAUGGUCUCGGAAUUUCUCUUUUAUUGACAUCCAACCCUGCCAUUCAGUACACAGUUUUCGAUCAGCUCAAGCAACGGCUCCUGAAAGAUCAACAAACUUCAAAGGGGAAGGAUUCAUCACCAGUAGUCCUUUCUGCAUUUUCCGCAUUUUUAUUAGGCGCACUCUCAAAGACCAUUGCUACAAUUAUUACUUUUCCGGCUAUCAGGUGCAAAGUCAUGAUUCAAGUUGCGGACACAAGUGAUGAUGGGGAGAAGAAACCCAAGCGCAAACCACCUAAAACACUUCUAGGUGUUGCUUGUGCUAUCCUUAGAAAAGAAGGGAUUCUCGGUUUCUUUAAGGGAAUAGAAGCGCAAAUCUUGAAGACGGUGCUAAGUUCUGCGCUGCUCUUGAUGAUAAAGGAAAAGAUCUCUGCAUCAACCUGGGUCCUCGUUCUUGGACUCAGUAGGCUUCUCGUCGUCAACCAGAGAAGAUUAAAGAACUCAUAGCUGUAAUGCCCCGCAAGAACUCAGCAAGUAAUGGAUUCUGCGAGUUCUGAGAGAGCCAAGUUCCAUUGCUGCUUCUGGGUUUUUCGUGUUCCCGGUGACAGAAGCUAAGGCACCUCUUAUUGGAUAAUAUCUAUUAUAGCCACAAGAGGUAGGAAGUGAAAGUUGAAGUAAAUGGAAUAAGCAAAGGAUAUUCAUUAUUUGUUUAUUGAAUAAGAUGUAGUGAGAUAUUGAUAUGCGGUUGGAGAAACGCAGCCAAAAA